AUUAAAUCGUGCGUUAUCAUCUAAUUAACAGCAUAUCAAGAGCAUCGUGUUGUUUUUAUGAGUUCAAAGUAAAAAUACUGGCUCAUUUUAGAAAACAAUGUAAUUGUGUACGGCUAAUUUCUAUAAUAGCUUUUUGUUGAGUGGAUGACCCCAAAUUAACACGUUCAUAGUAGAAUCACUUGAGCCUCACUUGAGUGGUACAAAAAUGAUGGGCUGUUAAGUGACAGCAUUGUAUAAGAGAGCAGUGAGUUAUGUGAUGAUGAUAAUAGUCUCAUAUCAAAAAUCACACAAGAACAAGUGUAACUAAAACAAAAGCCGUAAAGAACACAUGUAAAAAUAAAACUAAAAGAAAUAAAAAACAAAAUUUAGUAACUUGAAUAAAACAAAAACAAAAAAAAUUAAUUAAGGAUAUAACGAAAUACAUUCCGGAAACAAAAAUACAUAAAAAAAUUAUUAACAUUACAAAAUUACUGAGAAAAGAGUUCAGUAACAAUUACACAGGACCUGUGAAACUCAUAAAAACAAUUGUGGCAUAUGAAGCUAAAAUAAUUUAACUCAACAGAAAUCAACAGUUAAGCAUACAUUAAACAAAAGGAUCAAAAAAAUAAAAAAAAAAAUUAAAAAUAAUUUUAAGCAAAAAAGAGGAGGUUGGUUGCGUCAGUGUGUAAGCGCCCACAUUAUUUGGUUAUUUGCACAUAUAAAAGCAAACAAGCGCACAUACAGUCAAGCAGGCAUACAGAGGUACAGACAUACAGGCAGUCAGGCAACAGCAGACAGAUAAACUGAUAUACAGACAGGAAGGAUAUAACAAGCUAACAUACUGCACAGCGGGAAGCCAACCGAUGUAACGGAAGCACUGAAGCAGGCACUAAUAAGUACAACGUGUUCUAUAAGAAAUUUAACAGUUUCUGAGCAACGCCACAAAACAAUACAAAAAGUAGCUAAUACAGCAGCAAAAGGUUGAUUAACUCGGGGCACCAGUUGAAAAUGUUAGUUGACAGGCGAUUGAUAGUGGUUACUGACAUGUAAUGGGAAAAUGUGUUGAUGGGUUGCGUACAUUAAAUUUACUGCAUGCUUGCAUUUGUCAAUGAUCUCAACAAUCAAUUUCAUGCACGAGCCGAAGUCAUUGACAUUGUUAGCACAAAAUGACCGAUGUGUCCCCAACAGGUAUAGGUGUAAAGACCUCCAACACAACGACUGCUACCACAACAACCAACAAUACUAAUUCAAUGCAUGAAAACACAGCGGCUACACAACAAAAAUGUACAAAUAAUUCGUUGUCGAAUGGCGACGGCUUGACAAAGAUACCCACAAUAACCAAAGAAGAUGAAAAUUCGACAAGUAAUAAUAAUCAACCAAUUGCAGUGAUGUCGACAAGUGUGAGUAGUAGUAUUCCGUCUAGAGGACAAUCACCAGCUACUACACCUAACAGGGCUGGUGCACAAAUAAUGCACUCACAAUCUGGUAUCUACAUUAAUAUGACAACAAAAUCAGAUCGAAUUUCAUCAGAUAGUGUGACACAUGGGCAAUCUGGUAAUAAUAGUGCAGCAAAUACAGCAUUAAGUUCGCCAGUUAGUUGCGCGAGUCCAUCGUUGCAUCAUAUUGGCGGCAAAAGUAGUAUGAAGGCAACAGUGAGCGGACGUGAAGCUUCUCAACAAGAUGUUGAGGAAGUGGCGCGUCUGUUUGAUGAAAAACCUGAAGCUUUUGAAAAAUGGUUAACUGAGCGCGCACCACCAGAGGCUUUGUCCAGGUUACAUGAAUUCAUUGAGAGUCGGAAGUUACCAAAGCGACCUUCGGUCACAUCAGAUUUGUUUCAACAGUGGAUGGCUGCAUCACCGAUGCAUGUGAGUAUUAAAAUUACUUAA